AUGGCCGCACACGCCUUCAAGUUCCAAACCGUGGUUGCCCCGGAUGGCAUUAUACACCAUAUAUACGGUCCUGUUAAUGGCAGGCGUCACGACAUCUACGUGCUGAGAGAGAGCAACCUGAUGUCGCUUUUAGAUGACAACCCUGCUUAUCACAACAAACUCAUCUACGGCGACCCUGCCUACGGCUGA